AAAAGCGGCUGCUGACGUCACGGUCUCCGCCAUCUUUGCCGCGCUGCGCUGCUUGACAGACGGAGAAGAAGUGAGGAAGGAGGACGGCAGCACAUCUUCUUCUUCUCUCGGGAGGACAACAACAUCCACCAUCUUUCCCGCAGCGCUGAACACAAGCUCAGCUCUUUGGGGAUUCCCUCUAGGAUCUUGACUUCCUGUUGGAGAGCCUCUCCUCCCCCCACAGCCAGCAGCCGCCAUGGCCGACGACGCCGACAUGCGUAACGAGCUGUCAGACAUGCAGCAACGUGCCGACCAGCUGGCUGACGAGUCCCUGGAGAGCACUCGUCGUAUGCUGCAGCUGGUGGAAGAGAGCAAAGAUGCCGGCAUCAGGACACUGGUUAUGUUGGAUGAACAAGGAGAGCAACUGGAGCGCAUCGAGGAGGGAAUGGACCAAAUCAAUAAGGACAUGAAGGACGCGGAAAAGAAUUUGAACGAUCUAGGGAAAUUCUGUGGGCUUUGCUCCUGCCCAUGUAACAAAAUGAAGAGCGGAGCCAGCAAGGCCUGGGGGAACAACCAGGAUGGGGUGGUGGCCAGUCAGCCGGCCCGUGUGGUGGACGAGCGCGAACAGAUGGCCAUCAGCGGAGGCUUCAUCCGCAGGGUAACAGACGAUGCCCGGGAAAAUGAGAUGGACGAGAACCUGGAACAAGUGGGUGGCAUCAUCGGAAACCUGCGCCACAUGGCCCUAGACAUGGGCAACGAGAUCGACACCCAGAACCGCCAGAUCGACAGGAUCAUGGAGAAGGCCGACUCCAACAAGACCAGGAUCGACGAGGCCAACCAGAGGGCCACGAAGAUGCUGGGCAGUGGCUAAAGCCGCCGCCGCCAGCAGCACCCGCCCCCCCGGCGUCUGGCGCCGCACGUCAUCGGGCGCCAACAUGCUUGUCUCAUAUCGACCUUCUGGGUUUGCACACAUGCACAUAUCACCUCCCAUCCCCGUUGUAAAUGUCGUUCUGCGUGUCGUCCGUCCAGCUUUUUCAAGAAGAUUGUCCUGGUGAAAAGAUGAUUUCUUAUACUCUGUGCGUCAUUCUCUCCAAAGGUUGUAUAUAGUGCCGACUUUUUAUUCUCCUGAUUGACAUAUCUCUAUUAUGCUAUAUCACAUUAUAUAUAGAAAUACAGCGCUAUGGAUGACAAGUGUAUCAUAGGAAUGCCCUUUGUUUCCACUCAGUAUCGUGGUCUUAAAACGGCGCCAUCCCACGUAGGCUCCCGCCCGUCACGUUCCUCGGUUGCGUCAGGACCCCCGCAAUCUUCAAAGGCGGUCCCCGGCCCCCUUUUUCCCCGCCUGAGUUAGCUGUCUCCAUCUGUGUGGCCACAUUAUUAGGCAUUGCAUUCCACGUGACGUGACGUGUGCGUUCUCUGCAUGCUAGAUUUUAGUCUUCUCAAUAAAACCUGUCUGAAAAAACGUCUACAAAAAAUAACCGACACGGCAGUAGCGACUCGACAAAACGCAUGCUCAGUAUUAGGACACAGUUGAUGGUUCCAUUCUUCCCUGCAAGUUUGCCACUCCUUCUGUCUGGAUGUAUAUUUAGCCACCAUCUGGCUGUACAAAUAAUGCACAAGGUGAGGAUGGGGGUCGUAUCGCACCUGCUUCCUAAACGAUUAUGCAGUUCCUGGCUGAAGACCGCGUGCGUAAAGAGUUGUGUUCCGUAACAUUGCUGGGGAAAUAAUUGCAAUGCAAAGAUUUCUGAGAGACCUUACUUUUAUAAGAAGACUGUACCCCCCCCCAGAGUGCUUUGUUUUUUGGUCAAAACGACGAUACACCCAAACAAAGAAAAAACAUCAAGGGUUUUUGUUUUUUUGUUGCUUCUGUACUUUAGAGCUAUGCACACCAAAUCUCCAAAAAGUCCCGUGGUUGGAGUGAUGAUGAAAGAGCAAAAGGUCCAACUGUGAGAUCGAUGUCCUCAACGCAUGUUCUAUUCAAAGACUCCCUCUCUGUAUCCUGUCAGUGUGUGACGUGGUGGACAUUUUGUAGCUAGCUGAUUAAAAGUCAUCGACCCUA